UCUUCAUGUUUGUUUUGUACGAAAUGGGAUCAUUAAAAGAAAUAUUCCCAAUAACAUGGGCCCUCUUGCUUCCACUUCACGGAUCAUAAUGAUCUUCAUUCCACCACAAUUCCGCAUUGACAACACCGACCACAUCAUCGACGUGAAUAAGAAUAACCUCCCCUUCGAAUACGACCAGGUGAACAUCAUCUGCCCCGUCUACCCGCACUCCAACCAGGGAACGGCUGAGGACGACGGCGAAGAAGAGGAACAGUACAUCAUCUACAAUGUGUCGAAAGAGGAAUACGACUCUUGUCGCAUCACCAAUCCCAAUCCCCGCAUCAUCGCGGUCUGUGAUAAGCCCAACCAAGUGAUGUACUUCACCAUCACCUUCAGGUCUUUCACGCCUCAGCCGGGAGGACUCGAAUUCUUGCCGGGACACGACUAUUACUUCGUCUCGACAUCUACUGGUGAUCCUGCAGGUCUACACCAACGCGUGGGAGGACGAUGUGCCACCCACAACAUGAAGGUCAUCUUUAAAGUGUGCUGCAGUCCUACCAAAGGUAAUGCUAUCGAUAGCUCUUCGAACCAUCAGACCUCGACGGUGAAUGUAUCUGUUCCAGCAUCGGCAGCCCCACCUCAUAACACCACAUCUCGUAUCUCGGACACCCACAAGCCCCUCGAUGUGUAUCCCUCGAGCACCGCGGUCCCCAAGGGUAUGCGCCCUGCCACCAGGAUACCUCCUUACCACCUGCGCCCCUAUGAGGUUCCCAUUGAGGAUGAGAUGGACCGAUCUCCUCCCUCGGAUAAAGCAAAAGAAGAAACUGAGAAGACUACCAAAAGGGAACGAGCGAAGAACGAGGAGCUGAUAAACGGAGCUCCCCACCCCCACAAGUGGUCUCUGAACCACGGAGCUUACUACUGCGCAUGCCUGCUCUGCCACCUGCUGAUCAGCCUACUCUACAGGUGAAUACCUGCAAUUCGUGGACCAGUCACUCUACUCCCCGAUUGCACCUCUGCAGAAGUCGCGUGCUCAUCCGGUGGUGUACAAAGCAAAGACAGACUUCGAUGUGCAGGAUUCAGAGCUCUCUACUUUCGAGUCUUUUAUUCUUGUAAAACUGGACGGGCUUCUUCUCGUGUAUAUUUAAAAGUGCCAUCGAAGGAGGAUUGCCUUGUUUGAAUGUUCCCGAUUGCGCAACUACAACUGGCCUGGUCAUGUUUCUGUUCGUUUUCUUUUGAUUUUCCCAUCCAACACUUACAGAGCUUGUCGUUCCCCCAUUUUUGCCUCACAGCAGACUGUUCCAUUUGCAUGCAUACGCCAGAAUGGACAACUAAAGAAAUCAAGCUAAGCGCCAAGACCCAUUCGGCAAUGUCUUUCACUGUAUUCUAGAGAAAUAUUCGUAUUUCAGUAUGAUACUGCUUUUCGCUGAGUAUUCUGUACGAUUCCGAAAAUUCACUGAUGCUAAUAAUUAUGAGUUAGAGACUUGAAGUCCUAUUUAGGCAGAAUUCGUUGUUGCGAAAUUCAGAAUACAUCUCAAAAUUCUUCAGAAAUCAAAUUUUCUGAGUAAAAAAAGCUAACAAGAAUUGGAAAUUUGUAUAAUCUGCCAAAAGAAUUCUUCUGCAGAAAUACCAAUGAUGGAUUUUGUUUCAAACUCAAAAAUUAAACAGGUUCUUCAAAUCUUUAUUGGAGUAAAAUAGUAGAAUGGCAGCAUGUUUUGAAUAUCUGCAUGUCUUGUCUCAUGCUGUCAAAGUUGUCCUCAAAUGCAUGGCAAUGGCGUAUGUUAUGCAAACUGGAUUUGUGCUGAAGUUUCCCCCCACUGCAGCUGGCUGCACAUUUCUUCAACGUUUGUUGUUGUUUUCAGAAUUAUGCAUGUGUUCUGAGUAGCACCAGGCCGGAUAACCCUCACCUGCGGUGGUGAUAAUGGAUUUUUUGAAUCGUUAAUUUACGAUUUCAUCUACAUUCGUAUCAAGUGAGAAAAGCUGUAUGAUAUUGGUGUUUCUUUUUUUUUUUUCCCUUUCUUUUUUUGUACAGUGUACUGAUAUAAACAAUACACAAAAAAAUAAUAAACUUUCUAUGUAAUUUAUAUAACUUUCAGAAGAUGUAUGUUUAUUAUUAGAAGUCAAAAGUGGCUUAUGCAUCAAAAUACCGAUUCACGGUGACUUUUGUUUUCAGUUCCCAAGAACCAUGUCAGUGCCAUGAAUUAAUUGCAAAGCAUUGUACACCUAGGAUUGAAGAAAAUAAGCCAUAAAUAUUUAUUUUGUAAACAAAUCAAGAAGAAGAUGGAGAAGCGACUUUUUAUUUAAAUGAAUGUCAUAAAUAUGAUUAGAUGUUUGGUGUGUCAAUGUUCCUUGUCUGUGAGCUACCUUUUCUACGAGGUUCAACGUCGGUCAAAAUCUAAUCAAUGUAUUGUGUCUUUGUAAGGAUGUUAUUGUGGAAUUGCCCAGCCCAACACUAACAAAUAUAAAUACCUUAAUUACGUGGCAAUACCGAUGUGAAUUAUCACGUGAUAUUGGUAUUUUCAUAAAAUGAAAUGGCAAGAAAAUAUAUUGCACAUGUUAGUGCCCAGGGGCUCAUUGCAGUCUAACCGAUUUCAUUUUUUUUUAUAUCAAUCAAAGAAGCGCUUUCGAGAAAUAAAUUUCAGAUUUUCGAGAAUUUAAAAAUUACGAAACUGCCUUUUCACAGCUUGCAAAUUCGUAAUAUCUUUAUAAAGUAGGUUUAGAAGAUGCACUCGUAUUGUCCUUAACUAAUUGUUGUUUAAAACUUUUUAACUGAUCAAAAUGAUUUUUGAACAACACUUGAGAAAAUAAGCAUGGAAAUAUUUGGUCUUUCUACAUUUUUGCAAACGUAAAUUGUGAGUGUUUGCUGUUGCUCUGUCGAUUAAAGAUCCGAAGACAUUUUUUAAAUAGAAUUAAAUUUUCGAACGUUUGUCACUAAUUAAUGAUAUCAAAGAAUGAAAUGCGGUUCAUCUAAUAUUUUUGUAAGCGUUAUUUAUCUCAAUUCGUAGAAAAUAUAUAUUAUUUGAAAACAAUUUAAAUAAAAUGCUUUUUAAAAAAUUUUAAAAAUGUGAAAUUACACUUUAAAAGAAGAGAC